CGUUAUCUUGAAAAUUGGCGCAUCUCCUGUGCUUUUCUAAGGUCUAUUAGGAAACUGGGCCAGUCACUGUCAGGAUUUUCGUAUCGGCAAGUCAGGAGGAAAAGAAAUGGGAGAGAAACUUAUAUUCUCCCAAAUAUUUUCCUGCCGAGUCGCUUCUCUAGCUGCCCUCUAGAUGAUUGCUUCUUUUUUUCUGAAACAAAGUAAAAACUACAGGUAGAAAUCACUAAGGUCUGUCUGACGUCUGACCCAGCAACAUUUUUAACAUUUUUCUGAAUGAGAACUGGUAUGAAUGAAAGACUGGAAUUGAAAAGGAAACGUUUUGGUGGGGAUUCACAAUGAGUGCGUUAAUUUUUCAAUGGUGUUUUAAUGCUUAUGUUAAUAAUGCUUUAUUUUUAAAUAGUAUUCUUAAAAAUAGCUACAAAAAAUGUUUUUUUGAAAGUCCCUGUUGUCGUUUCAGAGCCCCUCCUUUGAAAGCCUUACUAGAAAUACUUAUGUAUAGAAAUAUUUAGUGACAUUUGUCUAUUUACAAAAUUUCUAAAAGAUGCAAAAGCAUGAUGAAGAAGAUACAGUUUCAUCAUUCCAAGUAACCAUUAUGAAUAUGGUUACACUGGGUAUACAUCUCCAUUAUCUUUCUAUGCAGAGAUGAGUGUAUGGAUUUUUCUAAAGUGGAUUCUCUAUUGUAACCUUCCCCCCCGCCCCGACUUCAUAGCAUGCCAUUACAUGGCUGUCAUAAUUUAUUUAGUUGAUUGUUCCAUUUUACACUACUUAAAAACAUUGUUGAAGAAAUGUAAAAUCUGCACAGCCAUGAUUACUUCUUAGUGUACAUUCCUAGAUGAUAGAAUUGUUGGGUUUGUCUUUUUAAAAAUGUAAAUUGCUCGGUUUCCCUCUGGAAAGGAUGUGCGAUUUUCCCUCCCACUAACAAUCUGUGAGUAUCUUUUUCUACACCCUAGCAAAAGACAACAUUUAAAGGAUUUCUACUGGCUCACUUUGGGGCCGUUUCUGUUCUUCUCUCCAACCGAGUACAAGUAUCGUUCUCUAGCUAUCCUUUUUUUUUUCUUAUUUGUUUCAGCAAUUCAGUUUCUCAUCUUUUAUUCCACUUUUAACCGUUUAGUAAAGAAUGGUUAUGCAGGUGAGGCAAAGGCAUCAUAGAGUGAACAAGAGAUUUGUACUCAGGACUUCCUUAAAUUCGAGUGUCUCUGAUUACCUUGAACAAGCCACUUACCUUUUCUAAGGGACUGUUUCCUCAACUCUAAAGUAGAUAUUAUAGCGCAUUUGCCUUGAGUUUCUUACAGGGUGGUUUUAAGGGUCAAAUGAGACAUUUAUGGAAAGUACGUUUAAACAUACUCUGUCUUGUGGCCAAUUAUUGCUAUCUUGUAAAAAUUUCAGAGCACAAGAGCCUCUUGAUUUUUUAAAGUAAAUUUCUGAAUUUAAAAAAGCCAUUCUGUGAUACCAUUUGCCCCACUCUCUUUCACUUCUUAAAUUCGAAGUUUUAGAUUUCUGUCCUAGAUUAUAUUCAGAACGCUAUCAGAGUUAUGAAAUUAGGUGAAUGAAUGAAUCUACACAAAUGUUGAAGGAGCAAAUAUUUAAAGGCACUAUAUAUGAAAUAGAGGGGGGAAAAUAUAAAGCUAAAUAAAACACAGUCCUUGGGAUCAUGAUAAGUAAAACAUAGUCUUUGUGCCCUACAGGCUACAGAGAGAAUGUCCAGGCAGCUAGAAGGUGGGAAAGCUGCUUUCCAAAUUUAGACGGCAAUUUUAGAUGUGAUGCAGGAUGUCAACUAUUCUGAAGCAUGCUAAAGUCCAAUUCUGCUGACCGAGCAUCUGCACAAAUGACCAGGCACUCUUGUCAGGGUCAUCUUUCUGAAGUGUAAAAAGUAAAUAGUGGCUCACAUGUCAGAGGAUGGCACGGUCACGCUCUAGAUCCCCCAGGUGGAAACACAGGUCAUUAUCACCAGUACCUAGAAAUUCUGAACACUACAAGCAAAGGUACUCUCAUGGGCAUUAUGGCUGUGAAUAUAGGAAGGAUCCAAAGAGACCCACCAUUUGGCGAAUGGACAGUGAGAAACAUGGACAGAGUAAACCAAGGAUUCCUUCUCGUGGAAAUAUACAUUACCGAUCUUAUGAACAUAGAUCACCUUCCCCAAACAUAAGAAGAACCUCUUCAGAAAAUGUUUAUACUUUUAAGCCUUACCGAGAAUACUUACCAGGAAGAAGAGAUGGUAACAGAGGAUUGCACUAUAUGCCCCAAUACUCAGAAGGUGUACCUUACAAAGAGAACCAGAGGAAUUUUUAUCCCCAGAAAGUACAAGGAAGGUAUAUUCCUGAUGACCACAGAGUUAGAGGAAGUGGAAAAGGAGGGAAGCCACCUCAGAGGUCAAUAGCAGAUUCUUUUAGGUUCGAAGGAAAGUGGUAUGAAGAUGAGUUGAGGCACCAGAGGAUACAAGAUGAAAACCAUUCUCAGUCACUUAGAAGAGGCUCUGAAGACUUUGAGAAAAGGAGCUCUUUUCAGAAGAGGUAUCCUGAGGAUCGUGAUUUCAGAAAAUAUGGACACACAUCAAAAAGACCUAAAGACGUGGAGAGGUACGAAAACAGAGAUCCUGCCAGGAACCCACAGUGGAAGUUCGAGCAUUCUCUUCCAUCUUACCAAGGGAAGAAAGAGCAACGGAACCUUGGGCCCCAAACUCAUCGAUAUGCUCAGAGGGAACCCCCAGAGACCAGUUCGGCAACCAGGGUAUCCUGUGACUAUCGCCACAAACGUCCUAAGACGUCAGGUGGGGACCAGGACUUUUCUGCUGGAAGAAUUCCGAAGUACUCUAAGGAAGAAGAGAGAAAAUACAGUUCUCAAAAAGGCCCCGUAAAUAGACAGUCCAUUUGUCUUACUGCUGGAAGAGGGAGAGAGACUGAAGGUGGGCAAGUCCAAGAACCUCUCACACCAUCUAAGAAAGACUGCACUGCCUCUACUCGCUCGCGCGAAAGUGACAUUGGCCUGAGACCCUACAAUGACAAACGGAAGGAGAAAAUAAAGAAAGAUGGGGAUGGCGGAAAAGAGAGCAACUCUUCCAGUAACCAACUCGAUAAAAGUAACAAACUUUCCAAUGUGAAACCUUCAUCUGCCAGUCUUAGGAAGAAAUCACUUACUGUUAAAGUAGAUGUGAAGAAAACAGUAAAUACAUCCAGGGUUGCUUCUAGCUAUUCCACAGAGAGACAGAUGUCACAUGAUUUGGUUGCUGUUGGCAGGAAAAGUGAGAACUUUCAUCCAGUGUUUGAACAUCUUGACUCAACUCAGAAUACUGAAAACAAACCUACAGGAGAAUUUGCUCAGGAAAUCAUAACUAUAAUCCAUCAAGUUAAAGCAAAUUAUUUUCCGUCACCUGACAUUACUCUACAUGAGCGUUUUUCAAAAAUGCGAGAUACACACGCUGCAGAUGUAAAUGAAGUUAAAUCGAAUUCAGAUCCAGAAAUUCACAGGAGAAUAGAUAUGUCUUUGGCUGAGCUUCAGAAUAAACAAACAAUGGUAUAUGAAUCAGAACAGACUCUGGUCAAAAUAAUAGACCCAAAUGACCUACGACAUGACAUUGAAAGAAGGAGAAAAGAACGGUUACAGAAUGAAGAUGAGCACAUUUUUCACAUAGCUAGUGCUGCAGAGAGGAAUGAUGAGCAUUCCAGUUUUUCAGGGUUGAAGAAUAUUCAUGUUGAUGAAUUCCAAAAACCUAUAGGUUUUACAAAAUCAAAUUUUAGAAAAUUUAUUCAGAAACCGCACAUGAAUUAUACCAUGCAGGAAAAAGACGUCAUUACUCACAAACCCUUUGGAGCUGAGGGAAACCGUCAAAACACAACAAGCUUUAGAAGACCAUUUAAGACCAACUUUAGAGGUGGCAGAUUCCAGCCCCAUUAUAAAUCAGGCCUAGUACAGAAGAGCUUAUAUAUUCAAGCUAAAUAUCAGCGUUUACGAUUUGCUGGCCCAAGGGGAUUUAUCACUAAUAAAUUCAGAGAAAAAUUACUGAGGAAGAAAAAGAUGGCAGCCUGGCUGUUGACGGGGAAGCAAGUCAUUGAUUUCCACUCAAGGAGGAAGGUUGAGGCAAGCCUUUUCCUCAGUUGCAAGGUUGGGAUUCGGGUACAUGUUGUGUGUUCUUUUCUGUUGGCUCUCUGUUAGCUUCCUCUGACUCCAUUUUUACCUCUAGUUUUUAGAUGACUCGGGACUCCUGAGGGCUUGACCAUCUGCCUCAGCCUGCAGUUUCUGUGUGCUCAUUGAACUUGUGCUGUUUAGUCAUUCUUUUCUUAGCCUCACCGUGCCAACUUCCUAUUGACCACCCAGUUCUUCCAGACCACAUCGACCACCAGCCUCCCUUAACAGCAAAUAGAAACCAGACAUCAAGCCUUCAUCUGAGGACCUAAGAAGUGUGUCCUAGAGGAGGCCACAAGCUGCUAUGAGUCUCUAGUCUUUAGGGGCUAGGCGUUUUAUGUCCUCUAAAAUGUAGCAGUUACAGGUAACAUCCGGUGCAGGUCUAGCCUGCCCUCCUUUGUCUUUCACUGCCAUCUGAGGGCUUUAGAAGUAGUCCCAACACACUGCAUUUUGUGACAUUCACUGUCUACAGCUCUUUUUCUUACGCCUGUCCUUCUGGAUGCUACUUUGUCUUUGUAUUGUAGCUUUGACAUGGGCUUUUACAUUCUGGCUACUGUCAAUACCUACAAGCGAGGCAUAAACAGGCUGUUUUGUAGAUUUGUGUUUGAACAGCCCAGCUUUCCAAGUAUGGCAUGAAAUGAGGUACAUACGAUACGAUUAGCAUCCUACUUAACAAUUGAGUUCCACAUUCUCCUACCCUUUAGGAUAAGGAAUGAGGCAUUGCACCUUCUCUGUUUCUGCCACGGUCUGAACUAAGGCACUUAAGGCUUACCUGGCCUUUGGGCUGUCCCAGUAGUAUUGUGCUGCUCUGAAACCCCAUUCCAUGUGUGUAAACUGAUGACUUAGACCUAUUACUUCAUUUUCCCUCAACCUUUAUGCUCUGAAAGAAAAGAGGUGUGAAGGCUUGGAGUCUUUAGUUUUUUCCAGUGUUGCUUGCUUCCGCUUUCCCUUCGAUUAGGGCCACUUUUGCUCCAAUGGAGUUACUGAGUGUGAGGUACCACUUAUAUCACUUUUCAUCUCAAGCUUCUGCUUCGGAGGGAACUUUGAAGGUCCUGUCCUGGAAAGAAGCCGUAGUCUGGGCACCAUCUGUACACCGCUUUUUUUUGCUUUUUGCCCUAAAAGAGAAUUCAUUCUUUUUAUUGUUAUUAGAUCACUACCUAGAUGAAUUAAAGAUUCAUCACCAGUUAAUUAAUCUAGGUGCCCUGAGGCUGCUCUAGCCUGAAACCAGAUCUGAACCUACACACCCAUACAUGCCUGACAGUCCACCAGGAAGGUUCAGACUGACCUUGUCUGGACUGCUCCCUCCCUAGCCAUGGUGAAAUGCCUGGGCUGAUCAUUCCUGACUUGGAAGUCUUGUGGUGCUCAUCUGUAGUGCGGUCCAGUCACUGUGCCAUCAUUCACGUGCUUCCUCUCUCCAACACCAGACGGUCUCAGGAAGGAGUGGGGGAGAUCCUAGAUGUGCUUCUAAUAUUUCUUCUUGUCCCACUUCACAAGACUGAUUGUGGCUCCCCAGCUGCCUACAAAAUAGCAGGAUUCCCAAGCAGUAUUAAGAAGUACAGAACUGAAAUGCUUCCUCCUAAUUUAUCUGGUGUCUAUCAUUAUUAAUCCCAUUCUGGCACCUACACUGUCUUUUAUCGUGUCUCCUUUCUCUCAGAUUCUGUGCCUGGGCUAGACGAUGAGGGGGUGGGAGGAAUGUCUGUUACCACCUGGAGUAAGGCUGGUCUGUUCACAGCCAUUCACAAAUGCCCCCCUUUAAAGAUCCUCUGCUCAUCACAAAGUUUUCAGAAAUUCUUGGGGGAGUAGGACAAAGAAUGUAGUAAAAAUUCAUGAAGCCACCUCUGAGAACAUUGCCUCUGAAAAAAUGCUAGCAGUUGAGUGUUUAGUCAGGGAGACCUGGACCUCUUUAGCAUCACAGAUUCUCUCGCAGUCCUCGGGGUGCCUGUCAGCGAGGUGCCUACCAGCACUCGGCCCGUGGAUAGGAAAGGGAGAAGGGAGAGAUUGUAAAGACACUGCAAGAAGGAAGUUAGAGACUGGGAUCUGUGGCUCUUGGGGUUGAAGAAACCCUUGAAAGUCAUGGGGUGCAAAGACAGAAUGGGAGCCAAGAUCAGGUAGAUCACCAAGAAUCCGUUCUACACCCACUGUGUCCCUGGACCUGAAGUGUGCCAUCCUCACCCUCAGACAUUUGUGACCUCUGGAGCCUCCAGUUUCACUAUCUCUCUCUACGACUUCUUUGUCUUAUUUGGUGGUUUCCCUUCUUCUAUGCAUCCUUAAAAAAAUAUAAGCAUUCUCUAGCAUUCUAUUCUUUCUUCUCUUUGUUUAUUCCUUCUACGUGCCUUGACUGUCCUCACCUCUUCCCAGGGUUCCAGCUGUUACCUCUGGUGAUGACUUUAUCCCUCAUCACUCUCUAGAGCCCCAGAAGUCCAGCUGCCUCCAAGGUGCCUCUUGAGGGCACCUCCAAUUCAGCAUGUUCAAAAUCAAACUUUCACUGGCACAAACUAUAGCAUGGGUGACCCUUAAAAACAUGAUGCUAAGUGACAGAAGUCAGUCACAAAAGACCUCAUAUUGUGUGAUUCCAUCUAUGUGAGAUAGUCAGAAUACGCUGAGCCAUAGAGAAAGUAGAUUAGUGGUUGCCAGAGACUGGGGGGUUAAGGAAAAAUGGAGGCGUGUGUGUGUGUGCCUGCUAACAGGUAUGGGGAGUCUUUGCGGGUGAGAAGAUACUCUUAACACUGAUGGUAGUGACUGAUGGUGGCACAACUCUGUUAAUAUACUAAAGAACCAUUGAAUUGUACAGUUAAAUGGGUGAAGUGUAUGGUGUGUGGUUUAUAUCUCAGUGGCACUGUUGAAAAUAAAAUCAAAUUCACUCUCCUCCCCAGACCACUGGUUUCUUCUGAGAGCUAGCCAGCCAACCAGACACGGUUCCUGGUUCCCCUUCCAGCUUCAGCCAUUGCAAGUCUUUCUGUCAUUCAUUCAUUACUUCGUUCAUUUUAUUUUAUUUUUUUAUGUCUACUUAUUUAUUUUGAGAGAGAGAGCGCACAUGAGCAGGGGAGGAGCAGAGAGAGGGAGAGAGAGAGGGAGAGAGAGAGAAUCCACACUGUCAGCAUAGAGCCCAACCCGGGGCUCGAUCCCAUGAACUGUGAGAUCAUGACCUGGGGCAAACUGUUACAUUGUUCUUUUAAAGCUCUUCCAUGGACUCUGCACACCACAUAAAUGUGAUAACUAACAUAAUUAACUUUUUAAAAUAUGCAAACAACCUCUUUUAAUGUGAGAAAUUUUAUAUCAGUCAUUUUUUCCCUUGAAUUUGGAUAUCCUUCAUAUUUUAUUUAUUUAUUUUUAUUUUAGAGAGAGAGAGAGCAAGAGAGUGCCUGUAAGUGGAGGAGGGGCAGA